UAGCGCAACUGUAACGUUACAGUACCUGGUAAAAGAAUAAAGAGAUGUGGCAGCUUGAGGACAGUGCUGUUUUUUUAUCAGGGAAAUGUCCGGCGAACGCACAGUCACCAUUUUACUGAAUAUGAAAAUACAUGGAAUCAUUUGAGAGCCAUGCGUUUUCUCCCACAGUUGGCAGAGAGGUAUUUUCCUACAGCCAGGCGUCGCACUGGGAAAGCAUUUCAUUUGGCACCGCAGCUGGCUGGUGAUUUAGCAUGAAUGCUAGCUAACUAAUGAACAGCACGCAUGCUUGUUUAUCCGUAGAAGCAACGUUUACCGGCAGCGUUAGAGUUUAUUUAAAUGUUAUGAAUUGUCGUUAUCUUCUUCAUUUGGGGUACGCACAUGUCCCUCCAUAAGUCAAAACCUCCAGACAUAAACUCUGAAGUGACUGUUACAUGUUAGCUGGCAUUUCCUAAAUUCUUAAAAGAAAACGCGGGGACAAGUGACAUGUUUUUUAAACUCGACAUUCAUUUGGCGUCGAAGUGUGGUGGGCCCUCCUCUCCUGAGUUUUGUCUUGUAGGCAGGUAAAAGAAACUUAAGGUAUGCACUUUCAAGCAGGAUAAACGAUGUGGAGCAGCUCUUCAGACAGGACCGACCCAGGACUGUCGCACUACACGGGCUGUGUGUCACUGUGGACGGAGCUGAGAGUGUUAACCCAGGCCAGCCCUCAGACCUGACAGCUCCUCGUCACCAUGGGACACUAAUGCGUGUUUCAACUGUAUGGUACGGCUCGACCCUGCGCGACUCAAAUCAGCUUUUCUACACACUCUUCAUCUGACUGUGAGGACUUCGCUGCUUGUGUCGCUAGUUCUGUAUUGUAUCCCAUCUGUCUGCGAGAGGAUGUUUGGACCAGCAGUGAAUGGUCUGCCAGCUCCUCAGCCAAAGGAUGUUCUUUUGAAGUGUGCCCAGACAGAAGUAAUGUACAACCUCACGUGCAGAAUGUGUUAAAACCAGGGGUUCCCCCGCGUUCUCACACCAAGGACCUUUGAAUUACUGUACGUAUACAGAAGGGUUGAUGAGACAUUGCUACAGGGGACCGUAUCUGUUCUUUUUGUGGAUUUACUGGGACUGUCAUCUGAGACAGAGACAGAUGUGAUCACAUUAUUUCAUUGUGCUAAAAUCUAGUCUGCGGAACUAUAACCUUAACUCAUUGGACAAAGACCCCCUGGAUACUCCCUCAGGGCCUCCCUGGUGGUCCCUGGACUCCACGUUUAGAGCCUCUGGUUCAAGUUCUCUUCAGAGUGCUGCAAAGGAGCUACGUUUAUCAAAACCCAUCUUGUUUUCUGCCAUCCCAUCAAAAAAGAGCAAAGAACUUUUUAACCAUGCAUUGAAGACUGAGCUGGGAGCCUUAGAGAGUCAAGUUUACACGGAGUCAGCCAUGCCUAUCAGAAAAAAGGACACAGCUCGAGUCCUGGGGCUUUUGGAGGAGUACUGCACUAAACUGAGGGAGCCGGAGGAGCAGCAGCUCAAAACUGCCAUUUUGAGAGUAAUGGGGAUUUUCAAAAGCAACCUGUUUGAAGCUCUUCUUGAUAUCCAGGAGUUCUAUGAAGUGACGCUGCUAAACACACAGAAGAGCUGUGAGCAAAAGCUGGAGGAGGUCAACCACAUGGCGGACAAGUGGGAGAAGAGUGUUUCUAUACAAAACUCUGAGCUUGCACACUCUGUCUGUCCAGUGGAGGAGCAGAGGGAGCAGAGCAGCUCAGAAGCCAGCGGUAUGGACACGGGACAGAUCAGUGCCAAGACCUCUGAGAACAGGCCACCAGCAGUACAGGGGUCACCCCACAACGGCCAGCCCCCACCCUGCAUGAACCCUGCCUUGACGAACGCUCCUUGGCAGUACCACUACCAAGAAGAUGACUCGCCAUCUCUUGACCAUGGAUUCCCGCGGCUCACCAACGAGGUGCGCGCCCCUGAGCUUGUGCACAUUUCCGAGAAGAACCUGUCUGAGAUCGAGAAUGUGCACGGCUACGUGUCUCAUUCCCACAUCUCUCCUCUCAAGCCUGCACUGGUUACCCGUUUUGAUCUUGCAUACCCGGGUGUGACCACAGCAAACUACAUGGCCAGCCCUGCCCCGAUAAUCGUCAACACAGACACUUUGGAGUCAGCUCCUUAUGUCAACGGCACAGAAAUUGAAUAUGAGUUUGAGGAAAUCACUCUAGAGCGGGGUAACUCAGGGUUGGGCUUUAGCAUUGCCGGAGGCACAGAUAAUCCACACAUCGGGGACGACCCUGGCAUCUUCAUUACCAAGAUCAUCCCUGGAGGAGCUGCAGCAGAGGAUGGACGACUGAGAGUGAACGACUGCAUCCUGCGGGUGAAUGAUGCAGACGUGUCUGAAGUUUCUCACAGUAAGGCAGUAGAAGCCCUGAAGGUUGCAGGUUCUAUUGUUCGGCUGUAUGUGCGGCGCCGCAGGCCAAUGCUGGAGACCGUCAUCGAGAUCAAACUCAUCAAAGGACCAAAAGGGCUUGGCUUCAGUAUUGCAGGUGGAGUUGGAAACCAGCACAUUCCUGGAGACAACAGCAUAUACGUCACCAAGAUCAUUGAUGGUGGGGCAGCACAGAAGGAUGGCCGGCUACAAGUAGGAGACAGGCUAAUAAUGGUGAACAACUACAGUCUGGAGGAAGUGUCUCAUGAAGAGGCUGUGGCCAUUUUGAAGAACACAUCGGACGUGGUCUACCUAAAGGUGGGAAAGCCCACCAAUGUCUACCUAUCAGAUCCCUAUGGGCCUCCUGAUAUCACACACUCUUUCUCUCCAGCCCUGGAAAAUCAUAUCUCUUCCCCCGUCAAUAGUGGCACUCUGGAGUACAAGUCUGGUCUCCCUCCCAUCUCCCCCGGGAGUUAUUCCCCCCUCCCUAAGCACUUACUUGGGGAAGAGGAUAUAAACAGGUUGGAUGGUUUUUCCUUCUUACGAAAUCCCUCGCUAGAUGACGGGGAGGGUCACAGGUUUGAUUCCCAGCACUUCCAGUUGAGGCCUCCUGAGCCAGUUUACAGCACUGUGAACAAACUAUGUGACAAAGUACCCUCCCCCCGACACUAUUCCCCAGUGGAGUGCGACAAAAGCCUCCUCCACUCCACCCCCCUCCCAUAUCACUUAAGCCUGUUCCCUGACUCGGACGUCACCAGGGAACCCAGGAAGGUUGUGCUCCACAAAGGCUCCACAGGCCUGGGCUUCAACAUCGUGGGCGGUGAAGACGGCGAGGGCAUCUUUGUCUCCUUCAUCCUGGCCGGAGGGCCCGCUGACCUGAGUGGAGAGCUGAGGCGAGGCGACCAGAUUUUAUCGGUAAAUGGUAUUGACCUACGAGGAGCCACACAUGAACAAGCGGCAGCAGCACUGAAAGGAGCCGGACAGGUGGUCACCAUCAUUGCCCAGUACAGACCAGAAGAACUUGCUCUAUGCUCACCGCGACGGGCCCCCUCUCCUGCACCAGAGUACGGGCGUUUUGAGGCCAAAAUCCAUGACCUGCGGGAACAGAUGAUGAACCACAGCAUGAGCUCUGGCUCAGGAUCCCUGCGAACCAAUCAGAAGAGAUCGCUCUAUGUGAGGGCACUGUUUGACUAUGAGAAGUCAAAGGACAGCGGCCUCCCCAGCCAAGGGCUCAGCUUCAGGUAUGGGGACAUCCUCCACGUCAUCAACGCCUCAGAUGAUGAGUGGUGGCAGGCCCGCCGUGUCACCCCACAUGGGGACAGUGAGGAAAUGGGUGUCAUCCCCAGCAAGAGACGGGUGGAAAGGAAAGAGCGAGCACGUCUAAAGACUGUGAAGUUCAAUGCCAAGCCAGGGUCAUUUGAUUCAAAAGGGUCAUUCUAUGACAAACGUAAAAAGAAUUUCAUCUUCACACGAAAGUUCCCAUUCUACAAGAACAAAGAGGGUGAGCAGGAUGGCAGUGAUUCAGACCGGAGUCAAGAGGAUGUGAUUCUCUCAUAUGAACCUGUGAUGCGGCAAGAAAUUAAUUAUGCCAGACCCAUCAUAAUCCUGGGACCGAUGAAGGACAGAAUCAAUGAUGAUCUGAUAUCAGAAUUCCCAGACAAGUUUGGCUCUUGUGUGCCACCUGCUAACAGUUCAGGGCACCAAGAUACUACUCGGCCCAAGAGGGACUACGAGGUGGAUGGGCGAGACUACCACUAUGUGAUGUCCAGAGAGCAGAUGGAGAAGGACAUCCAAGAGCACAAGUUCAUUGAGGCGGGACAGUACAAUGAUAAUCUGUAUGGAACGAGUGUCCAGUCUGUGAAAUAUGUGGCUGAAGGGGGUAAACACUGCAUUCUGGAUGUGUCUGGAAAUGCCAUCAAACGACUACAAGUAGCACAACUCUAUCCCAUCGCCAUCUUCAUCAAACCUAAGUCUAUCGAUUCAUUAAUGGACAUGAAUAAGAGACUGACAGAGGAACAAGCCAGGAAGACGUUUGACAGAGCUUUGAAGCUGGAGCAGGAGUUUGGUGAAUUCUUCACAGCGCUGGUUCAAGGAGACACCUUAGAGGACAUUUAUAACAACUGCAAAGAGGUGAUAGAGGAACAUUCAGGACCCUAUAUCUGGAUCCCCUCAAAGGAGAAACUAUAAUAACUCAUCACCCUGGGAGGGAGUCUGGACUGCUAGAAACUAGUAAUAAGUUGUAACAUAUGAUAACUGUAUGGCGAUGAAUAGUCUCUCUCAUAAAUAACUAUUGUGUAUAUGUUUCAUUUUUUUUUUUUUCACUUUUGUUUGGUUAUUGCCUCAUUUUUCACUCAACAUGAAUGUUCCUGAAUGUAUUCCACAAAGUGUUAGGACAUGUUUGUAUAUUUUAUUUAUUUUUUUUUUUUAUUUGAACAAAAAGGAAAAGAAAUGUAAUGAAAACUAAAUAAAUAUGGGGUUAUGUGUCUACAUCGGCACUGUGUGGAAUUUCAAACAGGAAACUGGAGGAGGCAUAUGCAGUGCAGAUUUCGUUGCUUCGCUAACAUAGGAAGGAAAGUAGGAAUUGUAGGAAAAAAACAACUGUGACACCCUUCACACUGCAACAACUAGCAAAUAAUCAUCUGAAGUUUAAUGUUUUGUCUGAUUUUGCAUCUAUGCAUCCCCUGAACACAGCUUUGCUUUCUGUUUGUUUACAUCGUCAUUUCUUCCUUGAAUUGCUGUAUUUAUUUCUCUGACAUGACAUUGAAGAUAUGUGAGGAAAAUGUUUUAGUCACUGUAGACUUUCAUGUUUUUUUAUGAUUAUUAUUUAAACGUAGACUCAUCCAGCUGUUGCAUUGACAAUGAUUGAAGGGAGAAAGCUGGUAUUUCUAUUUUUUGCUACUUAAAUUGCUAGGGGGCACACAAGCACAGAGUUAUUUAUUAUUGGAAAUAUAACUUUGAUUAAAAGGUCAUUUACAGAGAAUA